AUGCAAAUCGGUCCGGGGCGGCAGCCAAUCGUGGCGCGCGCCGGGGGGUCCAGGCCCGGAGAUCCGGGACGCUGGCUCGCGCUCAGCUUCUCGUCUCUGCCUCCCCGGGCUUUUGCAAGCGCGCGGCGCGGCGCGGCGGGCCUGCGAGUUUGUGCUGCGGUCGCUUCCUCGACCUCCUCGUCCUCGGCGGCCGGCCGCAUCAGGUCGGAGCCGCGCGGGGCCAGGCGGAGGCGGAGGUGCGGCGGGGGGUGGGGGCCGCUGCCUUCGCUAGCGCCGGGGCCGGCCCGCGCCUUUGCAGCGUGCUCCAUGCAUCCGGAGCCCGCCCCGCCCCCGAGCAGCAACAGCCCGGAGCUUCCCCUCAGCGACGGCGACACCACCAGCGGCAGCCGCCGGAGCCGCCGCCGCAGCGGGGACGGGGAGCCCCCGGGGUCGUCGCCACCGCCCGCCGUCACCUACCCGGACUGGAUCGGCCAGAGUUACUCGGAGGUGAUGAGCCUCAACGAGCACUCGAUGCAGGCGCUGUCCUGGCGCAAGCUCUACUUGAGCCGCGCCAAGCUCAAAGCCUCCAGCCGGACCUCGGCUCUGCUCUCCGGCUUCGCCAUGGUGGCGAUGGUGGAGGUGCAGCUGGACACUAACCACGACUACCCACCGGGGCUGCUCAUCGCCUUCAGCGCCUGCACCACGGUGCUGGUGGCCGUGCACCUGUUUGCACUCAUGAUUAGCACCUGCAUCCUGCCCAACAUCGAGGCGGUGAGCAAUGUGCACAACCUCAACUCGGUCAAGGAGUCCCCCCACGAGCGCAUGCACCGCCACAUCGAGCUGGCCUGGGCCUUCUCCACUGUCAUCGGCACGCUCCUCUUCCUGGCCGAGGUCGUGCUGCUCUGCUGGGUCAAGUUCUUGCCCCUCAAGAAGCAGCCAGGCCAGCCGCAGCCCACCAGCAAGACCCCGGCCGGCGGCGGCGCGGCCGCCAACGUCAGCAGCAGCGCAGGCGGCAUCACCGCGGGCCAGGCCGCCGCCAUCGCCUCCACCACCAUCAUGGUCCCCUUCGGCCUGAUCUUCAUCGUCUUUGCCGUCCACUUCUACCGCUCACUGGUCAGCCAUAAGACGGACCGACAGUUCCAGGAGCUCAACGAGCUGGCCGAGUUUGCCCGCCUGCAGGACCAGCUGGACCACAGAGGGGACCAUCCCCUGACCCCCGGCAGCCACUAUGCCUAAGCCCUCCCGGGCUGGGCACUGCGGAGCUUUUGGCCUUAACGCCCUUCCCCAUGACCUUGUCCUGCCCCAGCCUCAAGGACAGCCUGCACAGGGGGCUGGGCUUUCGUCAGGGGGCAGAGAGUGAAGGGAAGAGGCUUUUUUUUUUUUAAGAGAAAUUACUGCACUUUGAAACUUUCCUCUAAGAGAAGAAGCAGUUCCUGAUCUUCCAGCUCCAGGUUCACCUGUUUGGAGGCCACUGGUGGGAGCCAGAGUGGGGACAAAGGCUCCCUUUGCCCCUCCUCCCACAUGCCAGUGCCACCGGGAUGCCUCCUGUCCUUUCCGUCUUGACCCCCCUUCCCGUUCAGCGUCGAUUGUGUGUGUGCGUGCGCGUGUGAACACAGAAAUAUACUCAUAAGGGACA